UCACACGUGCUUCCAGAACGCCCCCUCCGCCGCUGGAGAUCCGCGGCCGUCAUGCUGCGAAUUUCUGCCUUACGGCUGCUAGGACGCAGGGGGGCGAGUAGGGUCUCGCUCUCAGAGGACUUUAGUUUACGCCACUACAGCUCGGGCCCUCUCGGUGUCCGCGACGAUACCCGCGACUCGCGCGCCUACUUUACCACACCCAUUUUCUACGUGAACGCCGCGCCGCACAUCGGGCACCUGUACUCCGCGCUGCUGGCGGACGCCCUGUGCCGACACCAUCGCCUCCGAGUUCCCAGUGACGCCGCCACCGGAUUCUCCACGGGUACCGAUGAGCACGGCCUGAAGAUUCAGCAGGCGGCAGCCGCCGCGGGCCUGGCUCCGUCCGAGCUGUGCGACAGAGUCUCUGCCCAGUUCCAGCAGCUUUUCCGGGAGGCUGACAUCUCUUCCACCGACUUCAUCCGCACCACCGAGGCCCGGCACCGGAUAGCUGUGCAGCAUUUCUGGAGGGUGCUGAAGGCUCGGGGUCUUCUAUACAAGGGUCUCUAUGAAGGUUGGUAUUGCGCCUCCGACGAGUGCUUCCUGCCUGAAGCCAAGGUCACCAGGCAGCCCGGCCCGUCGGGGGAUUUGUGUCCUGUAUCUCUCGAGAGCGGACACCCGGUCUCUUGGACCAAGGAAGAAAACUACAUUUUUAGGCUUUCCCAGUUCCGGGAGCCGCUCCAGCAGUGGCUGCGGGGCGACCCUCAGGCCAUAACACCGGAGCCAUUCCAUCACACAGUCCUUCAGUGGUUGGAGGAGGAGCUGCCGGACCUAUCGGUCUCUCGAAGGAGUAGCCACUUGCACUGGGGCAUUCCGGUGCCCGGGGACGAUUCGCAGACCAUCUACGUAUGGCUGGAUGCCUUGGUCAACUACCUUACUGUAAUUGGCUACCCAGACGCUGAGUUCAAAUCUUGGUGGCCGACCACCUCUCAUAUCAUAGGCAAAGACAUUCUCAAAUUCCACGCUAUCUACUGGCCUGCUCUCCUCUUAGGGGCCGGCAUGAGCCCACCACACCGCAUCUACGUCCACUCCCACUGGACAGUCUGUGGUCAGAAGAUGUCUAAGAGCUUGGGUAACGUGGUGGAUCCCAGGACUUGCCUUGACCGCUAUACGGUGGAUGGCUUCCGCUACUUUCUUCUUCGGCAGGGCGUCCCCAGCUGGGAUUGUGAUUACUAUGAUGAAAAGGUGGUUAAGUUGUUGGAUUCCGAGCUGGCAGAUGCUUUGGGAGGUCUCCUGAACCGAUGUACUGCCAACAGGAUCAAUCCUUCCGGGAUCUAUCCGGCUUUCUGCACUGCUUGCUUUCCCAGUGAGCCAGGCUCGGCGGGGCCGUCAGGUCGUGCUCAGGCAGAGGACUACGCUCUGGUGAGCGCAGUGGCCACUUUGCCCGAGCAGGUAGCAGACCACUACGAUAACUUUCAGAUCUAUAAGGCUCUGGAGGCAGUGUCCAGCUGUGUCCGGCAGACCAACGGCUUUGUCCAAAGGCAUGCGCCGUGGAAGCUGAACUGGGAGAGCCCCGUGGAUGCUCCCUGGCUGGGUACUGUGCUUCAUGUGGCCUUGGAGUGUUUGCGAGUCUUUGGAACUCUGCUCCAGCCUGUCACCCCAAGCCUAGCUGACAGGCUGCUGUCUAGGUUGGGGGUUUCUUCCACAGAGAGGAGCCUUGGAGAGCUCCAUUUCUUAUCUCGAUUCUAUGGACACCCAUCCCCUUUUGAAGGGAGGAGACUGGGACCUGAAACUGGGGUCUUGUUUCCAAGACUGGACCAGUCUAGGUCCUGGCUGGUAAAAGCCCACAAGACCUAGAAACUCAGUUCUUAUUGGCUUGUGGUAAAAAAGUAAAUUUGUUAUUUUCUUAUUUUUUGCAUUUUCAGGGAAAUUAUAUUAAUGCUUUCUAAAGUGUUGCAUCAAAUGAGCACAUAAGUAAUGUCCCUGUGAAAAGAGGUUUGAUAGCCUUUCAGGAGCCUACUCCCUACUCUUCAGUUUUCUGUGUCCAUUAACCACUGUCCUUUGUACCCCAGUGUCUCUGAGAUGUCUCCAGGGGUAAGAGACAACUUUGCUGAUACUAUUCCUUCUCAUUGUACCUCCGUCCAAACCACAGUUGUUUGCCCAGACUACCUCUCAUGGCUUGUUUUUCAUUGGCCUGGCUUCUGCUGGGCAAAUUAAUGAGAGUGGGGGUUGGAGGCCCCUACCUCAGCUUUUGCUUUGUUAUAUAUGUUGAGUCUCCUGUUGGAAACAGAUUGUUUCAUUAAACCUUUAAACACCCGUG